AUGUCUCAAGAUAGAGCCGCUUCGAUCUUGGGGCCCAUAUUGCGCACCAAUGAGUUUCUCGGAGUGGGACCCUUCGUGAGACCCGUCGAGACAAAAGGACACUACAAACACUCCCGGAGAUUCAUGCGGUAUAUCAGAUUCGCCAGCUUCAUGGUCAAGUUCUGGUGGUUCCGUGGACUCGGUCUGUUCACGAUGAAAUAUUUUUUCGCGAGAAGUUACUUCCGAGCUGGAGUCAGCGACUUCGGCAGGAACACGGUCGCCACCGUCGGAUUGUUACUGCUGUCAAGAAAGCUUACUGAAGUCAACCAGGUUAUCGUGCUCUCCGAUAGCUUCUCUCACCGAGAGGAGUCGCGCAAAUGGGUCUCUCGUCUGGUUUCCCGGAUGAAUAUGUUGGUUUGGGGGUACGUCUCUCUGAGGAUUUUCUUGGACAUAGCGACAUUCUACUCGGAAAAUCUGAUGCCUGUCUUCAUGGAGUCAGAAAUGUUUAUCGAUCCCGCGGGAGUACCUCCGAACAUGUAUCCUCUCAUCUUGUGCUAUGCCUUCGUAGACAUGAUGUUCAAUCGCCUUAUCACGUCUGUCGCUUUGCUCCUGAACCAAGUCACCUACAUUGUUUUCAAUUUCUUGGCCUUCACAAAGUUCAGUAACUUCGACAGCGAUAUAAGAGACUGCCUGCGUAAUCGAGGAGGCCCCAACCACAUCUGGAGAUUGAGGCUCCUCCACGCGGAUUUGUGUCAAUUGAUUAUUUUCAUGGAUGACUUAUUCUCUCCCCUGGCUCUACUCUUACACGGCGGGGUCGUCGCGGGAUAUUGCACGGAAACUCUGAGGUUCAUUCAGCGCUACGAGAGAGGUCUCGACAUCUCCGAAUCGUGGUUGACAUUCUUCACCUUCGCGCUCAAUAUGACGUAUCUGUUGACGAUGAUCUCGAUCACGACCGCAUCGACGUCGAAGCUGUGCGAAUCGCCCAAGAGAUCGAUGAGGAUUGUACAUGAUCUCCUGCAGAACUACGGUGCCGGCUUCGCGAACAUGACAGCAGGCUCCCAGCAGAUUCGUUUGCUCCUGUCACAAAUGCAGGUCAAGUACGUGCAAAUGACCGCGUGGCGUUUCUACAAACUGGAUCGAGCGGCUCUCAUGACGACCUUGGGUGCGUCUGUCACCUACGUCAGCGUGGUGGUGCAAUCGUCCACGGCCGAUUGA